ACCUGGACCCGUCACGUGAAAUAUGACGAGGAUUUUACCUCCGUGCGCGCACUUCUUCUUGACGAGCAGAGAGCUGAUCUCAGGCAGGUUUUUAUCCGAAGGAACGCAGCCGCAGCUCCGGGGACGCACAGGUUUUCUUCUCACUGCUGCCUGAAAAGACACUGAUCAACUCCUCAAGCAGCUGACUUAAUCCUGAAUCUUCCACCUGCACCACCUGCAUUCAUGGCCCACCCUUACGAGCCCUGGUUAAGGACAGCACCAUCUAGUGGCAGCUCUGAAGAAAUGAACAUCCCGUCCUGGUGGGACCUCCACCGCGAUGUGCAAGCCGGCAGCUGGAUAGACCUGCAGACUGGGCAAAGUGUUGGCGUGCCCUCAGUGAGCACUGGCAGCUCCAUGGGACUGCAGAACUCUUUAGGCCCGUAUGGCUCCGACCCACAGCUGUGCACCAUGCCCCCAGCUCAGCACACCCCCUCCUCACACUCGCCCCACCUCUUCCCGCUGGACGGCUUCAAGAUGGAACCACUGGGACCUGAAAUGCUGCAGCAGGAAACCUUCUCUUUGGAGGAGCCGCAGGAGACCUCUGUGUCAGCUCGGCCCAAGCCCCAGCGACGGUCAUCCUCUCGGGGCGCCGGGCAGACCAUGUGCCGGUGCCCCAACUGCAUCCACGCCGAGCAGAUGGGCCAGAGCGCCGACGACAGCAGGACGAAGCACAUGCACAACUGCCACAUCCCUGGAUGUGGCAAAGCCUACGCUAAAACCUCCCACUUGAAGGCUCACCUGCGCUGGCAUAGCGGCGACCGGCCUUUUGUCUGCAACUGGCUUUUCUGCGGAAAGAGGUUCACACGCUCUGAUGAACUGCAGCGCCACCUGCAGACACACACCGGUGCCAAGAAGUUCAGCUGCGCUUUGUGCCCGCGAGUGUUCAUGCGUAACGACCACCUGGCCAAGCACAUGCGCACCCAUGAGUCCCCGCCGGGACACGGGGAGGAGAGAGUAAAUGGGGAUGGGAAGGGUUUUGAUGCACCCACACCUCCACAGUCGGCGUCUGACAGCACAGAGCCUCAGCUGAAGCUGAAAAGUGAGAUUGACCCUUCGGUUUCAAACGUGACAGGGCAGUCUGGCUAAUUUUAUCACUUGGAGGAGAUGUUUGGUAGUAAGAAAGUUCUGUCCUCUCUGUCACAGAGGGAGAAUAGUUUUAUAAUAGAGUAGAAGAACGGUUUGGACACAUUAUUACUGAUGAAAGCUGGAUGGAAAGUAUGCAACUCCUGUGGUAGUGAUAGAAGGGAUGCUACAGCACACAGAAAACACAGGGUUGUAUGCGUUGCGCAGCUAAAACUCUGCUCUGUAGAUUUUAAAAGGAAUCAAAGGAGAGCCAGAGGUGCAGCGUGCUGCUCGACCCGCCAGCAGACCAGAGGACGGACAUGAGUCCAACUGAAAACAGAUGUUUACGUGAAACUUGUUGAACAUGUUACUGAAAGUGACGAGCAGGUCUGCUUCCAACUUUUUUAAAAAGGAGACAAUGAUAAUAUUUUUUGUUUGUAUUUAAUUUCCUGACUACAUGAGUGCAGCCCACUGUACCAGGAGACAAAACGUUUUUUUUUCUGUUGAGAGCACACAG